AUGGUUCCGUUAUCGCUGAAUCAACUUGCUGAUCGAGCAGAGUGGUGCUUGCAGAGAGAUGAACCCGGUGCCCUAGAUGAAGUGAUAUCCCUUCAUUAUGAUGCCUUGGGAUUCUACAACACCGGGAAUACUAGCCGAGGGAAAUUGCUAUCCAAUCUAUCUGCAAUGCUGGAAAUUCGUUUUGAGCGUCGAGGUAAAGACAAAGACUUAGAUCAGGCCAUCGCACAUCAGAUGGAGGCGCUGGCUUUGCGCCCGGUCGGUGACACAGAUCGGUCCAAGUCAUUGAACAACCUCGCGAAUCAACUCUCCUCCCGCUUUGAGCACCGAGGCAAUGACGAAGACUUGGAUCAGGCUAUCGCACUUCACGGAGAAGCGCUGGCCUUGCAUCCGGUUGGUCACACAGAUCGGUCUUUGUUAUUAAACAACCUCGCGGAUCAACUCUCUUCCCGCUUUCGGCACCGAGGCAGUGCUGGCUUUGCUCCCGGUCGCUCACACACGUCGGUCCGAGUCAUUACACAACCUCGCUGGUCAACUCUCCUCCCGCUUUAA